AUGAAGAGGAAGCAGGCGCUGUCCCGCAAGCACUGGGUUCGACCGGUCUGGGCCAAGCGAGCGGACGAAAGCGAGUUCUUCACAGCGGUGAAGCUCAUGAAGAACGGCGACGACUCGCUGUUCUUCAAGUUCUACAGGAUGUCGCCGGAGACAUUCGACGCGCUCCACGACAUGGUGCGGGACCGGCUGACGAAGGAAUGGGUCUGCCGGGAACCGAUUUCAUCUGGCGAGCGCCUCGCACUGACGCUGCGAUACCUGUCGUCCGGUAUGCUCGUGCGAGAUGCAGCAAUGGCCUUCAGAGUGGGGCUGGAGACUGCACGCAAGGCGAUCCACCUGACGUGCAAUGUGCUAUGGGAGGUGCUGUCCCCUGUGUACAUGAAGUAUUAG